UGCUGGGCGGCUUGAAAAUUGGUACAGAUCAAAGCAUUUAUAACAUUGGUAUAGAGUCCUUUGUGAAGUCUUAAGUACGUUUCGUGUGUAAUUGCAGCCAUACAUCAUUUUCUACUUAAUUUUUCAAGCUGAUUAAUUUUAUUGAACACAAGCUGUUAUACACACACACACACACACAUAAAAUUUUGAUAUAAAUUAUUCUCUGUGAAAGUGACAGGUUAUGACAUAUAUAUGGUGACCAAAUUUUGCCUCCAAGAUGUCAAAUAGUUCCAGUGUUGUGUAUCAAUACAUGUGCAAAUCAAAUUACUCAUGCAGCAAGAUCAGUGAAGGAACUCUUCUUAUUCCAAUCUUAAAUGAAUCUGAAUGGGGUACUGGACUAAGAAUAUUUUUCUAUGUUGUUGCACUAAUAUGGUGUUUCAUGGGUGUGGCUAUUGCUGCUGAUUUGUUUAUGUGUGCCAUUGAGGUUAUCACUAGCAAGACAAAAGUUAUCCGCGUUGCAACUGACGAUGAAGAUGUGAGUGGGAAAGGUUAUGAGGAAGUUGAAAUACGAGUAUGGAAUGACACGGUUGCAAAUUUAACCCUCAUGGCUUUAGGUUCAUCUGCACCAGAAAUUCUUCUUUCGAUUAUUGAAAUUGUUGGAAACAAUUUUGAAGCAGGAGAAUUGGGUCCUGGAACCAUUGUCGGUAGUGCCGCUUUUAAUUUGUUGGUCAUUACUGCAAUGUGCGUUAUGGCGAUGAAAAAUGGUGAAGCAAAACGCAUUAAUGCAUUCACUGUGUUUUUAACCACAGCAUUUUUUGCAGUAUUUGCGUAUGUCUGGAUGUUUCUUGUAAUGUCUGUCAUAUCGCCAAAUCGUAUGGAGGUAUGGGAGGCUGCUUUGACUCUGCUGUUUUUCCCCAUCCUGGUUAUCCUUGCUUACAUUGCCGAUAAGGAAUUGUGCUCAAAUAUUGGAAUUUUGCGUAGAAAACGAAGAAAAGUUGAACUUAACAACUUGGAUCUCCUCAAUGAGAAGGUGUUAAAGAAGCAUCAUCCUGAUUUGAUUGAAUAUAUGAAGGAAAUCACUGCAAAUCCCAACAUAACUGAGGAAGAAGCUGCGAAAUUAAUUGCCAUCAAAAUCGAAUCUUCAAAGAAAAAGAACUAUGGAUACUACAGAGUUGGCGCUCUUCGAAGUUUUGGAGGUGGACGUAAAGUUGUUCCGAGAGUCACACCCAAACUGCAAGAGAUUUUGGAUAAAGAAGGUAAUUUGGCCGAAGUUCAAUUCCAACAACCUGAAGAACCACCUUCUGUUGCAGACAAAAAAGCGAAGAUUGAGUUCACGGCUACGGCUGUAUCGGUGCUGGAGAGUGGGAAAGUGGUGAAUCUUGGUGUUGAACGAUCGGAUAAUUUGAACGUCGUCGCCAACGUAACCUACGAAACUAUUGACGGUACAGCAGAAGCUGGUUCAGACUACAUAGCUAAGAAAGAGACACUCACAUUCGAGCCUCAAGAAACUCACAAGUACAUCGAAAUCAUCAUCAUCGACGACUAUGAAUGGGAACCUGACGAGACAUUCUUUGUGAAACUACACUCUGACCCUCAUGAUAAUGCGGUGGAGAUCGGACAGCACUCCAUUGCAGAGGUUACUAUUAUUAAUGACGACGAACCCGGGACAUUUUCAUUCAACAAACCGAGUCAUAUUGUGACAGAGAGUUGUGGUAGAGCUCAGAUCGAUGUUGAACGUGAAAAUGGCGCCGACGGAAAAGUGGAAAUUGUUUGGAAAACGAAAGAUCAAAGCGCUUUUCAUGGGAAAGAUUUCAUCGGAGGGGAGGGCACUCUUGUGUUCGACCAUGGCGAAACUCUGAAAACUAUAGAUAUUGAAAUUGUGAACGAUCAUAUGUUUGAGAAAGACGAGACCUUCAUGUUGGAAUUGGCUGAGCUGAAAACGCCUGGUGCAAAACUUGGUCGCUUGAAACGAACGGUCGUCACUAUUGUAAGCGAUGACGAAUACCAAAGAAUGUUUGACCGUGUCGUUAACGCAGCCCAUUUAAAUUUGCAUAAAUUCUCGUUGGGAUCAGAGACCUGGGGUCAGCAAUUUUACGAAGCUAUGAACGUCAACGGUGGAGAUGCUGACGGAGCCACCACGAUGGAUUACAUUAUGCAUUUUGUUACAUUUUUCUGGAAGGUUCUGUUCGCCCUAGUUCCGCCAGUGUCCUGGUUAGGAGGUUGGUUGUCUUUUUGUAUCAUUCUUGGUAUGAUUGGAGUUAUGACGGCUAUCAUUGGUGACAUUGCGACCGUCUUCGGCUGUUUAAUUGGUUUAAAGAAAGAAGUGACGGCCAUUACCUUUGUUGCACUUGGUACCAGUCUUCCCGAUUUAUUCGCCAGUCGAAACGCUGCGCAAAAUGAGAAAUACGCUGAUGCGUCAGUUGGUAAUGUCACUGGUAGUAACGGUGUGAAUGUGUUCCUGGGGCUUGGUAUUCCAUGGUUGAUUGCUGCGAUUUACCACGAAGUCAAAGGCGACGCAUUCGUAACUCCUGCAGGUUCACUGGCAACAAGUGUGGUCACGUAUUCCGUAUGCGCCAUCGUUUGUAUCUGUUUGAUUAUCGCGCGACGUUACCUAAAAUUUUUUGGAAAAGGUGAACUGGGCGGUCCGGCAGUUGGCAUGUAUGGUUCCGGUAUUUUCAUGAUUUCCCUAUGGUUCAUCUACGUUAUUGUUUCCUCCCUAGUAGCGUAUGGUCACCUCGAUCCGAUAUCGGUUUAAAUUAUCCUCUAGUCAACUUGAAGAGAUAAAGAAAACUUGAAGAGUUAUUUUUCAAUAUAGUUUUAAAAAACCGCCUUGAAGCUACCAUUUUGAUUAAAAUAUAAACAAAUAUGGCUGAUUUUUCGCGCCGAUUGCUUUUUAUCAUGGAUUGAAAUGUACUAUAGAUGUAGGUUGGAGGAAAUAUGUCGUGCUAGGAUGUGAUACAUUAUAUAAGAAACUAGGAAUUUUUUUUCUAUUAUAACUUAAUUAUUAUUGUACUGUGAAUUCAUUAGUGAAAUCAUUCUAGUAAGAAAACUUUUCGUCAAAUAUUUAGAACUAUCUAUUUGAAAGAAGUAUAACAAAAUCCUCUUCAAGGUUGGGGCGUUGUCUUCUACGCUAGCUUAAUAGGAAAUAUAAUUUAGAAAUAAUUUAAUCAUUAAUUUUAGUGAUUUUAUUUUUUGCAAUGUUGAAAAUAAUUUGUUGUUUUUGCUAGAGUAGAAUGAUAUUUUGAGAUUUAAAUCAUCUACAUGUUCGGUUACAUUUUUGAUUUAAAAGCCUUGUUUAACUUCUCUAUGCCUUUAGAAACCAAACUGUAUAAUGUGAUAUGAGUCAUAAAUUAAAUUUAGUCGUCCAACCUCGUUACUAAAACUGAUUUGCAUAAUCCUGGUACGAGGUUGCUCUCGCUAAUAAUGACGGGUUAGUUUAUUUCAAUUUUUUUGGUUAAUUUUUUUACAUUUUAUGUAUAAUGUAUUUAAACUUGCUUUUUCUCGCACUUUAUUUUUUGUAAUUCUCAAAAUAGAUCGCUUUUCUUGUGGUACGCAUUGUCUUCAGAGCGCAUGAGUGUAGGAAGUAUUCUUCUGCUUUGUCAAAGCAAGUGCAGAACAAGGAAAGCGAUUUGUUAAAUUCAGAGAUACGUUUUUAAAUAUUCAAAACACUCAUUUCCGUUAUGUGAAAUAUUAAUGAAUCUGCAUGGUUA